ACAAAAACAACAACAAAGAUAACAAGAACAAUCCCUUACAUAAGCAGCAGCAACAGUAAAUCAAAAAAACACAACCAUAUGUUACUUAGUAGUCAAGCUACUCUUAAGAACUGAGCACGAAAAUCACCGUGAGAGGAGGUGGCGUGCCAACAACGGAGUGAGCGACUUGACCCUACAUAAGAGUAACAGCAAAAGAUUCAAACCACACGGUUAACACGGAGAUUGCUACAGUAGUGUCCAUUGUUACUACGACUAGAUAGCCCUGCAGCGAAAAAAAACUCAAUAUCGGAUGAACCCCACUACAACAUCCAUUAAUAUUCUCAUUCAAGACACUUUCGCCGGUGUUCGACGACUGUUUAACGAGGACGGAACGCAGAAGCCUGGCUGGUUGGCUGAUUGACUCUGCUUGAUGCCUGACUGACUGAUUGGCUGAUUGAUUGAAUGAUUGAUGAUCUGGCGCCUUGUGGGUAGUUUACUGAAAGUAAUCACGUCCUAAGUCUGCCGUUGCCCGUCUUAUUAAAAUACGGAACAACGACGGCGGCAGCAGCGACAACAACAAGACCAAGUCCAAGUCCAAGUCCAAGCUAAUUGAAAAUAAGACAACGGCCGGCUGUAGAAAUCGAGUCGAGGCUCGAGCAGUGUACGGCAAUUGCAGGAACUAUAGAAAACAUCUUCAACAGCUUUUACUUAAUCGUUAAUCACCGAUUAAGAAAAAAGGCAUCAUCCACCAAUGAUCGAGUGGUGUCACGUGCUGCUGGAUUGUUGAUGAUUGUUCAUCGAUCUUUUACUCGAUAACAUUUCAUUGAUCGGCUAGGUUUCUGCCGACCGAUAAUUCACUGUUGAUCAAUUGUCUAACUUUGUAUUUCUCUGUCGUCUGUGCGUGACCGAAGAGUCUAAGUGAAGGGAUUGAAGAGUCUAUUUGACUGUUGUUUGGCUGACUGUUUGCCUGUGGUGUACGUGUUAAGCGUGAACGCAAAGCUGAGCUUAUGUGCGAGUUUAGAUUUUGAUGAGAGACAAACGGAAGUAGUAACAAACUGAGGACGGCGACGACAACAACAAGAAACGUCCAUCACCAAUUAAGCCCUUCAGUUUUAGUAACGCUGUCCUCCGCCACUGGUAACUGGCAACGAGCGAACAACUGUUAGGACCGAUCUUUCGUAUCCACCAUUGCAGGGUGAUAUUAUGAUAAGAAACUUAUAAUAAGCACGAGAGCAACGACAAUACAGCGACGUAAUAACCAUUCAUUAAUUGUUGAAAAAAUCACAUUUUAUUGCGUCAAGAAAAGGGGCGACGACAAACCGUAAAAAUGGCUUCGUUUACGGUAUCGGUGCAGCAGCUCCGUGAAUUGAUGGAGACUCGCGGAGCAGAAGCUAUUCAACGGAUACGGGACGACUACGGAGGUGUCCAGGAACUGUGCAAGAAACUGCACACAUCACCGACGGACGGUCUCACUGGCGAUGAGCGGGACCUUGAAGGGCGUAGAAAUUUCUACGGAGCUAAUUCGAUUCCACCAAAACCGCCUAAGACAUUCUUACAGUUAGUAUGGGAAGCUUUACAAGACAUGACGCUAAUUAUUUUGCAAGUUGCAGCAUUUGUAUCGCUGGUGCUGGCAUUUAUUGAACCCGAGCACGGCGAAGGGGAAGGUGAUCAUGGGCUCCCAGGAGAAGAAGGAGGCGAUUCCGAGGCCGGCUGGAUAGAAGGAGUGGCUAUUUUGGUCUCUGUCGUCAUUGUGGUACUAGUCACAGCAUUCAAUGAUUAUACCAAGGAACGCCAAUUUCGAGGCCUGCAAAAUCGUAUAGAGCAGGAACACACAUUCGCCGUGAUUCGGAGGGGUGAGGUGAAGCAGAUCGGGGUUGCAGAGAUAGUAGUUGGUGACAUAUGUCAGGUUAAGUACGGAGACCUGCUGCCCGCGGAUGGAAUUAUCAUCCAGUCUAACGAUCUCAAAAUUGAUGAAUCCACUCUUACAGGAGAGUCAGAUCACGUGAAGAAAGGAGAAAAUCAAGAUCCCAUGCUAUUCUCUGGUACUCAUGUGAUGGAGGGCAGUGGGAAGGUUCUCGUGACUGCGGUCGGCGUCAACUCGCAAGCUGGUAUCAUCCUUACGCUCCUCGGUGCUGCCCACACGGAGGGCGCCAAGGAAAGUGGUGGCAAGAAGAAAAAAAAGGAUAGACAACGUCGCCACCCCAGCCAAAACGCCGACUGCCGGAACAACCAGGAACUCUCUCCGCUUACAACAGGCCACGAUGAAGAGGCUGAUGGCGGAAUCCCGAUGCAAGAUCGUUCGGACGCCGCAACCUCGCCUACCAAGGACAAAGCAGGAGACGACGAAUCGGGUCACAGGAAAGAGAAAUCCGUGCUUCAGGCGAAACUUACCAAGCUAGCUAUCCAAAUUGGAUAUGUCGGUUCUGCUAUCGCUGUGCUGACCGUGCUGAUCCUCGUGGUACGGCACUUAAUUCAGGUGUUCGCAGUGGAAGGGCGGGCGUGGAAAAACUCUGAUACUCAGCACAUGGUAAACUGCUUUAUCAUCGGCGUUACCGUGCUCGUCGUAGCAGUACCCGAAGGCUUGCCACUGGCGGUCACACUAUCAUUGGCGUAUUCGGUUAAAAAAAUGAUGAAAGAUAACAAUCUCGUGCGACAUCUAGAUGCUUGCGAAACUAUGGGCAAUGCAACCGCCAUCUGUUCUGACAAAACUGGAACACUGACAACCAAUCGUAUGACCUGCGUACAGAGUUACGUAGGUGGCGUCCACUACAAGAGCACACCGAAGUACUCAGACCUUCCGCAGGCCGCGGCAGAGAAGAUCGUCAACGGUAUUUCAGUCAAUAGCGCAUAUACGACACGAAUCAUGCCUCCAGAACAGCCUGGCGAGCAGCCCAAACAGGUGGGCAACAAAACCGAGUGCGCGCUGCUUGGCUACGUCAUGGAUAUUGGCAAAGACUAUCAGCGCGUGCGGGACGAAAUUCCCGAGGAGCAGCUGUAUAAGGUCUAUACCUUUAAUUCGGUGCGCAAAUCGAUGAGCACCGUUAUUAAGCUACCGAACGGCGGCUUCCGCGUCUACACAAAAGGCGCAUCGGAAAUUGUGCUUAAAAAGUGCACCAGCAUUCUCGGCCCUAACGCAAAGCUGUUGCGCUUUCAGCCGGAAGAUCAGGAAAAGCUGGUGCACGAUGUCAUUGAGCCCAUGGCUUCCAAUGGGUUACGGACUAUUGGCCUCGCCUUUAAAGAUUAUAUCCCCGAGGGUGUCGAGAAGGUUGACAAUUCCCAAGCAGUCUUUACCGAAGAGCCUAACUGGGACGACGAGGAUAACAUAAUCAGCGGUCUCACCGCCGUCGCUAUUUUCGGUAUUGAAGAUCCCGUAAGACCUGAGGUACCUGAGGCAAUCCGUAAAUGCCAACGAGCUGGCAUCACAGUCCGUAUGGUAACGGGAGACAAUGUGAACACAGCUCGUUCAAUCGCGCUCAAAUGUGGCAUCAUCAAGCCAACUGACGACUAUCUCGUGCUCGAGGGAAAGGAGUUCAACAGGCGGAUACGCGACGCUAACGGCGAUAUUCAGCAGCAUCUGAUUGACAAGGUCUGGCCGCGGUUACGGGUUUUGGCACGUUCCUCGCCCACGGACAAAUAUAAUUUAGUCAAGGGAAUCAUCGACAGUACGGUUAGCGAUAACCGUGAAGUGGUCGCUGUCACCGGGGACGGCACGAACGAUGGUCCUGCACUUAAAAAAGCCGACGUAGGAUUUGCUAUGGGCAUUGCAGGCACUGACGUCGCUAAGGAGGCCUCCGACAUUAUCCUAACGGACGAUAACUUUACAUCAAUUGUGAAAGCCGUCAUGUGGGGCCGAAACGUCUACGACUCAAUUGCCAAGUUCCUCCAGUUUCAGCUGACAGUAAACACGGUCGCUGUCAUUGUGGCGUUCACCGGAGCCUGCGCAAUCCAAGACAGCCCGCUAAAGGCAGUGCAGAUGUUGUGGGUAAACUUGAUCAUGGACACCCUUGCAUCACUAGCGCUUGCCACCGAGCUGCCAACCCCAAACCUUCUGUUACGUAAGCCGUAUGGGCGUACGAAGCCCCUUAUUUCACGCACCAUGAUGAAAAACAUUCUCGGCCAUGCCGUCUACCAACUAUUUGUCAUCUUCACACUACUGUUUUUUGGACCAAAUAUCUUUGGCUAUGAAACUGGAAUGGGCGUCCGCGUAUCCGAGCACUUCACUAUGAUCUUUAAUACCUUCGUGAUGAUGACACUGUUUAACGAAAUCAACGCCAGAAAGAUUCACGGCGAGCGCAACAUCUUUGAAGGCUUAUUCACAAAUCCAAUCUUCUACAGUAUCCUCGUAAUCACUGCUGUGGCCCAGGUGAUCAUCGUGCAGUAUGGCAGUGUCUUCUUCCAGACCAAGGAGCUUUCGAUUGACCAGUGGCUGUGGUGCGUCUUCUUCGGCUGUGGCACCCUCGUGUGGGGGCAAUUUAUUACUUCGAUCCCCACGAAGCGCAUUCCUAAGACCUUCACGUGGGGCUCGGGCCCCGUCGAGGAGCUGCACGCGCACUCUUCGCUCGUCGAGGAUGGCUCUUCGGGCUCUCUGUCCCAGGAUGUCAAGAGGACCGGACAGAUUCUGUGGAUUCGUGGCCUUACGCGUCUCCAAACACAGACGCUGCAACUAAUGAUGGUGAUAAUGCUGCUGCUGCUGAUGAUGACGACGACGACGACGACGACGACGACGACGACAAUAAUAAUAAUAGCUGUACGAAUGAAUGAAUUGGCGGCUCCAAAAUUGUACGGGCCGAAUUAUUAAUUACACAGCAUAAAAUAACCCUUUCUCAAGUAAUUAUGCGGUGACUAUUGAUGACACAUGGGAGGAUGCUGGCGAGCAACGUGCACAAAUACAAUGGCGCGAACUAGUCGAAUAGUGCGGCAGACAUUUUCACGGUAGGGAAACGGAAGAUGAAAGGAACCAAAACGAUUACAUAAAGCACCACCCACUAUCUCACCAAGGCUCGGCUUAUAUAUAUAUCGCCAGUGAGGCAGACAUAUUACAGAGAUUUAACGAUAUCGAAAGACUUACUAGCUCAGUUUCAAGUGACAACAUCGACCAUAACUAUAUAAAUGAUAAAUAAUUAUAUAAUGAAUCACAGCGGAAACAGCAUCGACGCCAAUGAUCAAGUCAGGUGGGCGCAUAACGUUCAAGACCUGACUAUAGAAAGACAGCAACAACAUUAAUUGACGCAGAUAAUAUAAAUUUGAAACGCAUACAGUGAGUAUUCGUCUCGUGGCAACAAUUACGGGGACAGUAAAACUCACAACGGACGGACAUUGCAGGUGCGAUGAUAAUGACUAGGAAAUGUGGUGUAUUAACGAUACAAGAAUAACUGCAACAACCAACAAGUAACAAAAACGACAAUAACAUCGGUAAAAGCAACAACGGUGAAAGCAGCGGCGGGUUAUUAUAUACACAGAUUUAACUGCUAUUCUUAAUAACACGACGCAACAUUGGAUUGGCAUCACAGGUGUUGCCGGCCUCUAUGCAACGAUGCUAACAAGAAACAAAAAUGAACCUAAACGAAAGGAAGCAUGACCAAGUACUAUAAUCAAUAAUAGAAAACACACAAUGACCGCAUUAACUGAUGACACGAAAACACAGUAAAACGACAAGAACAAUAAUAAUAACAAUAACGACAGCCAUGAUGACAACGCUAACAAUAACGUAGUAAGAGCAACUUUAAAAAUGGCUGCCGUCGGCGAAGGUAACCAAUAAAUAACAAUAACGCGCAGGCAGGAGGUCAAGGAGAAGUUGUUCACAACGGGAAAGAUAGGGAUGACUUAAAAGUAGGCGGAACGGAAAGAAUGGGCGAAAUCGUUAGAGCGAUCUUUGAUGCGAUCGUUUAAUGAUUCGCUGAUAAUAUAGUACAAGUUUGAUUCAUAUUAUUAUUAUAUACUACUAUUGUUAUCGAUGUGGUAGGAUGACGAUUUUGACACAUAACAAUAGUACUAAUAUUUGUGUAUUCACUAAUGCCAAUAAACAACGGAACGAAUAGGACAAAAGUAAACAACAAAACAGAUGAGGUAAUGCUAACAAACAAAACAAGGCCGGGGUCGUGGUGGCGGUGGCGAUCCUUGUAAUUGAGGAGGCAAGGCCAUUGGAGGAACUGAGCGGCCGCCGAAAGGACUGUUCAUGUAUCCUUAUACUGUUCACUCUGUCGACCUCUGUUUGUUCCAUCUCGUCCAGGCUGAAGGUUAUGUCCGGUUUAUCCUGACUACGGUUAGAAACCGCAAUAAGUCUUGAUUUUUACUCGCAGACUGCCCAUUAUACUCUCUUGACAUACUUUGUAUCUUUGUCAUGCGUGUAUGCGACUGGAAGAGAUACCUUUGUGCAGAGCGCUUGCCAGAUUCUAAUUACAAUGGAUCGCUAGAACGUAGCGAAACGGAAAACUUUUUUUAGCAUUAUUUCAAAAUAUAAUAUAAUUAAAUAUUAUAUAUCAGAAAUCCGAAAUAAUCCAAGCUUACCUAGAUUUUUUUUUGUUUACUUGCACCUCUACAUCAUUCAGACAUUUAUGGCACUGACUUCGAUCGUAGACAAUGAUAAAUACAUACUAUUUGAUAAAAUCCGACUAAAGUUGUUGCUCACUCGAAAAAGCAGCAAAAAGCUUCUCGAAGACUCUUCAGUUGCAAUUUCGCUUCAAGCAAGUCUCCCUAUUACGUCCAAGAAGGGUAGAAGUAUGAAUCUACAAACUAAUAUAGCCAUAUAUAUAAAUACAUAUAUAUAAGCCAGCAGAAACGGAUACAGAGGACAUGACUUGGUUCACGAGUAAAAAAUUCCAUGUUUAUGAUAAACACUAUCUUUAGUAGAGUCGACAAUGGAUGUACGCAACACAGAUAUACUAAACAACCAAAGACAUAACAAAGCCAAUGAAUAAGUGUAGUCGGCGGCAUUAUCUCUACUAUAAAACACCUACUAAACUAGAUAUGUAUCUGACGGAAAAGAUGGAGGAGCGGGUUUGAGGUGGAUGGAGGAGGUUAUAUUAAAUAGGAAUGAUCGACAUUGAUAUAGCACUGACGAACAGCUACUUAACCAAUUCUAUAGCUAGUAUUCAUAUUAUUAAUAAUAAUGAUGAUUUCAGCGCUGGUGAUGUCGAAGCACAUAGAUUCCAAUUUUUUUGGAGACCUCGACAAAUAGAACUAUUUGAAGGUUUUGAGUUUUUCAUCCACCGUGAUCGGAGACUGUGCUUAUAGCAUAUUACGAGGCCAACGUAAUAUUCAUUAAUAAUCCAUGAUAUCUCUCUCUUACGCAUUUCUGUUUCCAAAAGCUUGCAAUACAGUCUGCUAUAUUGCAUGUAGCGGAAGGAUAAAGGAGAACAAAGAAACAAACUUGAUCAGCUUUGCCCGACGCAAAAACCAUGUUUGGAGCAGCCCAGCUGCUUAUUUGCUCAGCCUUUACGACUGACUAUAAUCACACAGACAAUUUGUAGAAUAAGAACAACAGUGGCAUAUUAUCAGUAGCAGCAUAUAACGCAUACGGGUUGCAAUAUUAAAAACAGGCGAAUAGAAAUAAUACGCCCAGAACGUUAGAGCCGCAUAAGGAAAAGGAGUAGAUACACGAAGGGGCUUUGAAACCGGUCUGUGAAGUUGGAAUCGAUUUGAGUAGAACUUUGAUGAGUGAAGCAAGGAGGAUAUAAGAGAACAUGAUGAUUUGAUGAGAUGAUAGCGAAAAUAAUUUCCGUAAAAAGGUAGUUUAUCACUAGCAUAACGAGAGUUUUUCUUGAUAGUAAUAAUAAUAAUAAUAAUAGUAAUACAUUUCUGUCCUGUGCUCAAUCGCCCAAAAUACAAUGAUGACGCAUGAGCCACAGGGCCACUCUCUGUGUAUUUAUUCGAGUGAGUGAGUCGCGUUGAUUAUUUUCUUCUAAUCGACUUUAGGUACGUCGUAACGUAAAUAAAAAAAUUAAUAUAAUAUAAGGACUAAAAUCAAACGACGGAGGUGAAUGAUGAUGAUGAUAUAGGGUGAAUCACUGAUUCGUACAUCUCUAUGAGUUCACCUAUUGUGAAUGAUAUAUAUAUAUAUGCUAUAUUUGUCCGUACGGAUGGGCGGCAUCUGAGAGGGGGGUAAUGAUAUACUGAGGCGAACAGAUCACUCCCAAACAAUAGAUAAAACGCGUAUUUAGCAGUAUGGAUGCCUGGUUAAUUUUGUAAAUAGAAUUAUUUAAUGAUACAAUUCUUUCUUUAAUUCUCUAACACGCCAGUUAGAUAAGAACACAUAAUUACGAUGCGUCGUGUAACAAUAAAAUCGUACGAUUAUAACAGGUCCGAAAAUGAGAAAAAAACGCGCCAUACACGACAUAUAUAUAUAUAUAUAUAUAUAUAUAUAUAUGUUUUUAAGUUUUGCACCCGUGUAAUUGCAUAACAAACAUCAAUAGAAAUCAAUGACAGACUUUGUUUUUAGACAGUUUUCAGACAGCUUAGACUGACACCCAUAUGUAAUAAGAAUUAAAUUCAAACGUUUAUACAGUAUGCGGAUCUCUUUUAUCUCUUUUCGUCAAUACAAGUUGACUAUAUAAUUUAUGGCGUGCAUAAAAGGACUCGAAUAUGUAAUGUUUACGUACACACAUAGUAAAGCACACAUAUAUUAUAUAUACAUAUAUAUACGUACCCGCGCUUCCUCGAAUGAAGCCCUACAGAACGUAAUGUCAAUGUGACAGUGCUUCUUAAAGCUUUGACAUUUACGUUACGCAGCUAAUAGCUGAGGGCGACACCAUUGUAUUUGUAUAUGACCAGUUCAUAUUAUAAAUAUAUGAAGGAAGGUGGACUCUAAUUUAUGAUAUAAGAUAUAUUUAUCACUGAGGAAGGCGCUACGAUGAUAUCUUCAAGUAAAGGCCACAAACACUAAUAAAAAAACUUAGAUAAAAAUUAGACCGAACGCAACCAAUAGUCCAAAAACGUCAAACAAAUAGACAAAUAUAUACUUAGCCAGCAAGAGUGAAACCGAUCGAUUACAUUAUCCAGCCGACAACUCUGGUAUACGUGAUGAAAUUGAAAAUUUGAGAAAAACAACAGCAGCAGAACAGCAACAAGCCAUACAAUGCUGACGAAACUCAACAAGAUACGUAGAAAACUUGAGAUAAAAAACACGAGUGAGAGAGAACGAGGGGUUAUCACUAAUCCUAGUACUACGACUAACA